AUGGAGACACCAUGGACUCGGCUGGGUGCUUUUGGUACCGUGGCCGGGGUGCUGCUAGCCUUCAUCACUCGCUCGGGUGAAAUAGAGAAACGACUGUUGAGGUUGUUGAGCCUCUUCACUCUUGCCAACAUUACCCUCAUUUCGUGGGCGCCAGCCUGGUUGGGCACCACCUCAAGCACAUCUGAAAUCGUCCUUCGAGUACUCUGGCUAGAUGUAGCGCUGCUCACGGGCCUGUUUGGGAAUAUCGUCGUGUGCCGGCUCUUCUUCCACCGACUGCGCAACAUGCCGGGCCCGAUCGCAGCCCGUGUCUCGCGUCACUAUGCUGCCUACCAUACCAUCAAGGAUGCACAGAUGCACUAUACUGUUCAGCGUUUGCACCAGCAGUAUGGCGAUGUCGUCCGCAUUGGUAUCGUAAACCCCCCUUCAACCUUGCCUCAAGCUAUCUCCACUGACGGGCGCAACAGGGCCCCGAGAGGUUUCCGUCUGCCGCGCCUCGGCCAUCCGCGCCAUCUAUGGACCCCCAAGCCGAUGCAUCAAGGGACCCUGUGGGAUCAAGCAGCUAAAGGUAUCAACCACUAUCACAAUGCCCUACAGAAACAGAGCAGGAUCCUGAUAGAGAAGAUCCGCGAGCACCAAGGGCGGCCCAUGGACGUGACUAACUGGAUCAACUGUUAUACCUUCGAUGUCAUGGGACACAUCGUCCUGGGUGCGGAACUGGGGAUGCUGAAGACCGGGAAGAAGAUCCCCGAACUGCAGGUCAUCGACGAGGGCCAGCGAUACAUCGCGGUGGCCGGGACUAUGCCAUGGUUUCCACCACUGAUGCUGGGGAUUCCCGGUCUGUCCGCAAUUCUCAACCCGUUCCGGCACCACUGUCAUAAAUUGUUCGAUGCGAAGCGAGCGGCCAUGACGAAGGGGAGCGAGCCCAAAGACAUCAUUAGCUGGCUGAUUCAAGCCCAGGACAAUGGUGAUCCUGGCGCGCCACCCACGGAUCAAGCAAUCAAGGACGAUGCCUGGUUCAUCAUCGCGGCUGGCAGCGACACGACGGCAUCUGCGCUGAUCAAUGCGGUCUACUACCUCGCCACACAUCCGGGCGCGCAGGCCCAGCUCCAGCGAGAGAUCGAUGAGAGAUUGCCCGAGGGAAUAGAGGGCUUGUCGUACGAAAAUGUGAAGGAUCUCCCGUAUUUAACUGCGGUGAUCAACGAGACACUGCGGUUGAAGCCAUCGGUGCUGGAUGGUCUGGUACGCGUCACCCCGCCGCAGGGACUGAAGGUGGACGAGGAUCUCCACCUGCCGGGCGAUGUGGUGGUGUCAGUGCCGACUUUUGCCAUUCAGCGCGAUGGGCGCUAUUGGGAGGAUGCCGACCAAUUUCGACCUGAACGAUGGGCGUCGAUCGAGAACCCGGCCAAUAUGCCAUUCAUUCCGUUUUCACGAGGCUCGUAUGACUGCGUGGGCAAGAGUAUUGCGUGGAUGGAGAUGCGGAUGGCUUUGGCAAUGCUGGUGGGAGAAUACCACAUCCAGCUGUCCGAUGAGGAGCAGCGGGCCUUUGAUGGCAAAGAACUGGAUAACUUCGCCAUGUCUGUGCCGGCCUUGUGGGCCACCUUCCGACCCCGUCGGUCCCCAUCUUAA